CUUCCGUCUUCGGUCACAUGUAGAUCGUGCAGCUCUUAUCUCUAUUUAAGAUGCAAGACAUCUGCAUUUCCCUCUACCAGACAGAUCUGCAGUUUUGAGUUGAAGCUAAAAAGAUAGGAACGACGUCAUUCACGAUGACGCCACCUCCAUCCACAGGUCAUGAGGGUUUACUGAAUGGUGUGAUACCUCACAUGAGUUCACAAAACUGCAGCAUUAAGGAUUUCAAGGAGUCCGUGUUUCCCACCGUCUACCUGUUAGUCUUUAUUCUUGGUGUCGUAGGCCACUUGGUUUCCAUGUACAUCUUCUUCAGUGUGUGGCGGAAGAAGAGGGGUCUGACUACAGUCAACCUGUUCAUGGUUAAUCUGCUGGUGUCCGACCUCAUGCUGGUGUGCUCGCUGCCCUUCAGAGCUUCUUACUACAUGUCAAGCACUGGCUGGAAAUUUGGCAAGGUGGCCUGCAGUCUGAUAUUCUAUGUCUUCUACCUGAACAUGUACACAUCAAUCUACUUCUUGGUUUCCCUGAACAUCAUGCGAUAUUUGGCACUGUUCCAGCCGUACCGCUACAAAACCUUGCAAAAAUGGUGUAAGGGACAACUGGUUUGUUUUUUAAUCUGGCUGUUUGUGGCAGUGACCUCAAGUCCUUUGUUGUUUUUAGGUCAGAAAUCAAAUGCAAGCCUAGAUGCUCAGCAAUGCAUGGAGCUACGAAACAACAACCAAACCAUCCAGGUUUUAAUCAUUAUCAACAAUGCCACUCUGGCUGUGGGCUUUGUGCUACCUUUAGUGUUCAUCUUGUGGUGCUCCAUGUUUGUAGCUUACAGAUUAUUGAAGCCAGGUCCAUCUCAGCGCACAAUCAAUGUCUCAAAGAAAAAAGCCUUUGCUUUGGUUAUCAUCAGCCUCAGCUUCUUCAUCAUCUGCUUUUUGCCAUAUCACGUCAUGCGGACAAUCUUUUUAUACAAAGAGCUGGAUGUGAGCAAUGGCAAUUUCUCCUGUGAGUUCAUCUGGCCAGUGCGUAAAGUUGCAGUGGUGACACACUGUUUGAGUGUAGCCCACAGCUGCCUGGAUCCCAUCCUGUUCUUUUUUGUAGGAGAACAUUUUAGAACUUUCUUCAAAAACCUGCUAAGGACAAGGACAACUUAUAUGGACACAAGAAAAAGAACCCAUCAGGGGACAGAGUUGCAGAUCAUCCAGAAAUAAGACUCCAUAAUAACAGGAGAAGGACCUUGAAUUCAAAGGACUUGUUCUUUUGUCCUGGGGAAAAACACAGCAGCAUAGCAGAUUGUCUAUUUUUUUCAUAAUGUCUAUUUUUAGGCUCAAUGUCUGUGUUUGCUCAGAGUUAAAUCAUCAUGUAUGAUGCCAAGUUAUCAUGUAAUGCUAAAGUAUAUGUUUGAGAAGUGUUAUCCAAACACUUCUCAAAGUGUUUUACAACUUAUGGUUGUAAAAAGUUUAGGUGGUAAUGUUCAGUGUUCCUGUUUGGUGUUCCUGCAUUGAUGUGAAAAUAAUGUUUGCUUCAUGAUAUUUUAUAAUGAUGCCUAUAAAACACUCUUCUGGACUAAGACAUAUAUUACAAAGAAAAUAGCUGUAUUUGAAAGUAGCAAUAAAUAUUCAUACUGAUAUUUAGGUUUUUAA